CACCAUGAUGUCAUAUUCAUGAAUUCUGACUAACCUAAUGAUGUGAAAACACUGCAAUGAUACUACAUCAGUACAAUAUUACAACUUCGGUCUUUCCUUAUCAUAGGUAGAUUUUCUCGAGGGUCUUUUAGUUUGGAAAUACAAACCAUGACGGAUGUAUGAUGCAUGCUAAAAGCGUGGUUUUUAACAUUGCCUCUUCAAAGUGUCUGCUUAGUAUUGCAGGAUAAGGGCGGCUUAGAAUAGUCGACUCGGUUUGAGAGUUCUUUGCGCGUUGAUAAAAAAAAAAAAGCGUGGCAAUUUUUUCCGAUUAAGUCAUUUUAAUGAUUUGGUGACUUUUUAUAACAAAUGAGUAAGUUUGUGUAUGGGUGAAAGUUGUAUUAUUUAUCUACUUCUAAAAAAUAUUUACAAUGGAUCAAAAUAAACUAUCACAGGAUACAAGCAAAAUUACUCCGAAAGUUACUGCAUGUCGACGGAUCCUAUCUCAGGUCACUGCAACUAGCGUUGUAAUUCUGCUUUAUUUGAGCCUUGGUAUGGUUAUUGGAUUUCCUGCCAUACUCAUACCUGCUGUAACUAACGACGACAAUGCGGACAACUUACAUCUUACUAUGGCCCAAGCAUCUUGGUGUGCUAGCCUCAGCUUCAUCUUUCAGCCAGUGGGUGGGAUAAUGACAGGUUUAUGUCUACAAUCUUUGGGUUGCAAAACCGUGAUGAUACUUUUAAACAUCCCGCACAUCAUAUGUUGGUUAAUGACGUAUUAUGCCUCUUCGAUUUAUACGCUUUGCUUCGCUCAAGCAUUUUUCGGAUGUGUCUUAGGAUUGAUUGAAGUUCCGGGACUCCGAUACGUCAGUGAGAUCAGCGAACCGUCCGUCAGGGGCAUAAUUAUAUCGUCCACAUCUUUUUUUGUCUCUGUUGGAUAUCUGAUCAUGAUUUUCAUCGGAAGUCUCACAGAUUGGCGCAAUGCGGCUGCCAUUAGCGCGUCUCUGCCGCUACUCUGCAUUAUUCUAUUAAUCCUGAUUCCGGAAUCACCGAUGUGGUUGAUGUCAAAGGGUCGAUCGGAGGAUGCGCUCAGAUCACUCCAGUGGCUUCGUGGCUGGACAUCUGCUCAGAUGGUUCACGAGGAGUUUCAACGAAUUCAGUUCUAUUCGAAAAACAAGACACAGAAAUUUCUCAAGACUGACCAUUCUGGUGACUCGAGAUCUGGGAGUGGAGGGCUAAGUUAUUUCACGACAAGCACAUUCCUGAAACCUUUGAUCAAGUGCUGUAUAAUUUUUGCCAUUUUUGACUUCGGAGGAAUGAUAUCAUUCCGAAGUUACUUGGUCAAAAUUCUCCAAGAUCUUCAUUCACCUGUGAGCUCAAAGUGGAGUUCAUUAUGGGUGGCUCUCUUUGGAAUACUGGGUAAUGUUGGAUGCAUGCUCUUCAUAAAGAAAGUGAAGAAAAAGCCAAUGCUCAGAAUUUCAUUGCUGUGCUGCAUUCUGUGUCUCAUUUUUCUGACCAUGUUCCUGUUCGGAUACAUGCAAGUCAUAGCUGACUCAGCAUUUCAUCAUUGGUGUCCUCUAAUAAUGAUUGUGGCACUCUUUUUCUUCUACAAUUUGGGAAUCCAUCCUAUUGCCUGGGCUUUUUUGGGCGAAAUUCUGCCAUAUAGGGGCCGUGGACCUGCGACCAGCUUCGUCGUGUGCUCCCACAAUCUAUUCACAUUCGUCUCGGUGAAGACUUUCCCAAAUUUAACGCAGUGGCUGGGACUUGAAGGCGCUCUCCUGGUGUACGCUGGUGUCUGCUUGUGUGGCAUCUUAUUCACCUACUUCUUACCAGAGACUGAGGGCAAGCAUUUAUCAGACAUUGAAAUCGAGGUCGCGUGUGGCGGAAAAACGAAUGAGGAUGGUUUAAAAGCAACACCAUGUGGAAGCUGACGGGUCUGGUAGAAAAUUCAAAAUGUUAAUUAACACUACUGAGAUAGAUUUUCAACCAGGUUAAAGAGAGGCAGUCCCGACUGGAACUUUGUCCCAUGCAUAGAGGGUCCACUUGUGGCCCCUAGGAAGCUUAAAGAAUGGCACCUUAAACAUGCAAGUUGACGACCUAAGGUGCUACAGUAAAUUGGACGUAUUUCUAUCAAACAGAACUAUGUGCAUAAUGACGUGAACCCUGUUGUGCAUAUAUUUUCAUGAGACUCAGGGCUCAUGUCGUAAUUCACACAGUUUCGUUUGGCAGAAAUACGUCCAAUUGUCGAAGUAAACCGAUGGAUUUCCCGUAACGGAUCGUUAUGCUGAGAUUGAUCCUGUUUUAGGUGUCGGACUUGUACGCCAAAUCGUAACUCUUCUGAGGAAAGGGCGCUCGGAAAGAUGAAAUCGGCAUUUGAAUAAUGCGCGGCGCAUAAAACAGUGGAAAUAAUAUUCGAAGUUGGGUUCGGAUCCAACAUGCAACUAUUUUAACUCCGCGGUGGGUGGGCUGGGUUGCAUACGCUAAAUUUUGCGGGCGAAAUCUGAGAUUUGCCCACGGCUUCCGCAAUAUAGGGCAUGGGUUUGUAAUUAGGGUUUUCAUAGGGCCUCGGCAAACUAAAAUUUGAACAGCAUCGGUGCGGAUAAGUUGCGUUAGUUGCGGGCAUUUCGAAAUUCAUGGCACGAGUAUUAGGAGAGCAGAAGAGAGUAGCAGGUAAAAUGGUGGCAGGUUGCGGUUCUUGGUGGACGCUGAUUGGACCGUGUCGCGGAUUCUCUGAACCUCUCGACCUAUAGGCAUGGAUCAAGUGAAUAAACAUGUAUUCUUUAAUUAUUUAUCCAUCUAUUAUUUAUCUAUUGCCAUUGAAUAUUUAUUCUCUUUAUCCAUGCUGCAAAGGACGUCAAUUGCGAGCCAGGUAUAUUAAUUAUCGAUGGAUAUAUCAUCGAAUUGGAUCCGGAUACUGUUGUGGAGCAGCAGGUCGUGUUGCGUCAGUUAUCGAUCAUCGAAUUUAGUCGGCACAAUGAUCCGCCAGUGAUUCGCAUACCUGUCCUAGUUGAACUGAGGAUAGGUGCGACGUAUUAGGACAACGGACCAGAAAUUUUGUUUGUGGUGUAGCUUCCUACAUUCAGUUUUCCUUCAUUUGAGAGGGUAGGCAAUAUGCGCUCUCAAGAGUUUGAAUAGUCGUAUCAGAAUAUUUGGUCCUCUUUAAACGUGACACCAGUGAUUUUAACACUUCCUACUACAAUAUGUAAACAGGAGAUUGACAGGAGUCCUCAAAACGAUAUAUCGUCUUUAAUUUUGGAAUGUUCUCAAACAGUCACUUUUUGGAAUUUCUGGAUGUCCCUUGUGCCCAAUAUUCGGAAUAAUUGCCCCUCUAAGGUGUCGCACACUGCCGAGGUGAGGAAGAACGCCACAUGACUCUUCAGACGUUGCCAAAUACCCUUUAUUAAAAUAAAAAUUUUCGGGAAAAUCUAUGAAUAUUUUUCCUCCAAUUUUUCAAAGAAUUUCGUUCACGAUUGGAUCGAAAUUAACCGAGAAUUUCAAGAGAGAAUAUUCAUAACUCUCCUUAAAAAUAAAAAUUCUUCAGGAAGAAAUUUGGCAAGUCUCAAAUGUUCACACGACAUUUUUCCUUAGCACGGCAGUGUAGAUAUCGUGAUUUUUUGUUCAUCUCAUGUCCCCUCUAACUCCUUUACAAGCAUGGUGUUACAUAGACAACAGGGCUUGUUUAGAAAUCAAGAUACGCCUUUACGCCAGAGGAGCGACGAUAAGUGCAGUUCUUUUACCUCAACACAGGUACUUCAUUUCUACUGGACACAGCCAUGCAAAUCACUCGUAGAUUGCUCUUCAUAACAGCUGAUAUAUUUUCUGCAAGAUUGACAAGGUUGCACAAAACAACGAUAUCGUCGCUUUAAACGACACAACGUCUUAAAGACUGAUUGUAAAAUUGCAUUAUUUCUUACUGAAUACUUCUGAUACAUGACAAUAAAAUAAAAACUGCGCAAAUA